UCCCCCCGCAAGUUGGUCCUCUUUUUCUCACGUUCACUGCUCUCGAUUUCCUCACUUUUCAAACAGACUAGUACUUCGAAAUUCUUGCCCUAUAAUUCCUUCUCGGUUUUCUCUUAAAAAGAACUUUUUUUCCCGGUUAGAGAAGCUUCUAGAAACUGUUAACGAUGAAAAAUUGUGAGCUUUGCAAUGGACUAGCCAGGAUUUACUGCGAAUCGGACCAGGCGAAUUUGUGUUGGGAUUGUGAUGCAAAGGUACACUCGGUGAAUUUUCUGGUAGCGAGGCACUUGAGGUCGUUGUUGUGCCACGUGUGCCAAUCGCCGACGGCUUGGUCGGCCGCCGGAGCGAAGGUUGGCCGGACAGUCUCUGUGUGUGAGCGGUGUGUGAAUGAUGAAAGAAGCGGUAGAGAAGGUGAAGAUGAGGAGGAGAUUGAUUUGGAGGAUAUUCAGGUUGUUCCGUGGUCAUUAACUCUUCCUCCGCCGGCUAGUUCAUCGAGCAGCGACGAGUCGGUACAUAGCCAUAAAUAUUCUUCUUUGAAGCGAAUGCGUGAAGAUGAUGAUGAUAGUGGAACUUCAACAUCUCAUCGGGAGAUGGUAAACUGCCGCAGCCGGAGGAGCGUGACGGCGAUGAAGCGGCGUCCUCCUCCUCAACGAGGAUGAGAAAGCCUUUGAAGAUCCAGAGAAUUGAAGGGAGCUUGACGGGUCGGGUUGAAACUACUGGAUAUUCGGGGAUGAUGAAACCCAGUGCAGUAAUCGCCGAGAUCUGUAGAUUCAACGAGAAUACUGUAGGCGUUGAUCUGGAACGAUCAGAGGCUUCAUAGCCGUCCGAUUAACCACUGAUUGACGUUUCUGUUGGCUAACACCACCACGUCAUUUCUACUUUUUCUUUACUUGUAAAUACAGAGUCAUUUCUACUUUUACUUACCUAGAACUUGUAGUCGGUGAAUUUCAUAUCAUAUGAUUAGGAUAAGAUUUGAUUUAUUCUACUAAAUCUUUGGACGGUUUGACAAAUGAGGUGUACUACUUUCUGUAGUUUAAUUUGGAUAAUAUUAAGGAAUACUUGGCACAAUUA